AUGAGGUUCUUUCAGGUGGUAUUGCUUUUGGUGAUCCCCUUCACGGUUAGCCACUUGUACAACAACGGAAAGCUGAAAUGUGGAAAAUGGGAUGUUAGAAACUAUUCCGAAGGGGGAAGGUGGAGAAUUCUUAACGGAGAAGACGGUAGGGAUGCCCUACCAAGUGGUAAUUCACGAGAUGCAAGAAAUGAUGAACAUAGUGUGAAUGAACAAAUUUCUCCUACAGUCCGAAUUAAACAGGUUGAAUUUAUUGACAAAGAGACAGGGGAAAGUACGCUUGUAGAUGUGGAGGAGGGAGGUAGGAACAAUUCCCGUCAUGCCACAGAAAGUGAAUCCUCUUUGCGUGGGAGGAAUUUGACGGAUAUAUCUGCUGAUGAAGAGAAAGGAAAAAUGUUGCAGGAAGAUGGUGGGGGAGUAGGGCGAACUACUUCAAGUUCGAUGAUGAAAAAAACAGUUGAAGGUAGCAAUGGUACGAGAGAUCUUAUACAACAUAGAGAAGAAGAAGAGAAGGAGGACGAUUCGAAAGCAAACAUACAAGGUAAUGCAGAGUUGGAACUAAAGAGCAUACCAAAUGGAAAAAUGGCAUCCAUAAAGGAUAACGAGUCGAACCUGGUUAGAAAUAUAAUUAGCCAAAUUAAUUAUGCGCGAAGCAUUGGGGAAUUGAUUAAAAUGACUGAUGAAGGGGAGACACAGUUCUCAGGAAGAAGUAUCCUUCCGAAGGUAGAAAAGGAACGAGGAAAUCCUUCACCGGAUGUCAUUUGGGGGGGAAAUAAUCCAAAGGAGGAAAUUCAGAAAGGAAAUAAGAACGAUGAAAUGAUAAAGGGAUAUGCAAAUGUACUGUUAAACGAAAGGAAAAACACCUUGAAGGAGAACGUUCGUAACUUGCUAAGCAGAGUUUUUAAUUUAAUCGUUCGCGAAAAGCUAAUGACUCGUAUGUGCCAGAGGGGGGAGCAGCAGGAUAGGGAAGAUAAAUCGAAGGGUGAAGGAUGCGCUAAAAGGAAAAACUGCGAGUGCAGUGAUGGGAAGAAACCCACGCCGAGUUCAUCCGAUAACCCAAGAGGCGACCCCACGAACUGCGGUCUUCCAAAACUGAGUACAAACAAGUUCUAUCAAUCAGAAGAUCUUUACAACUACUACAUUUCCCUCGAGGAAAUGCUGAAAAGCAGAAUGAUUCGGUGGAAAACAGAUCGAGUAUCAAAGUACUUCACCUUCUACCCAAGCAAAAAAAUAAAAGACAACCUAGAAGAUGUGACGGAGAACAAGGUAUUUAUAGAAUCCGUUAGAAGCAUCUUAUUCGAUUCACAUAAUAAAAAAGAACAAAAUGUUUACACAAGUUUUGCCGUUGUUGUUGAGACAUUAUUCUCCUUAAUAAAGGAAGAAAAGGUAAUUGUUGAUAUGUAUUCUUAUGUGAAUUUAUUUUUCCAAGACUUAGACAUUCUAAACUCGAAGGUAUUGCAUUUUCUCAUAAACUCAUCGAUUGAAAAUUCUAAUUUUUUAAUCCCCCCGGACGAUUUGUCCCUAACCAACUUUGAAUACAUUUUAGCCAAGAUAUAUUCUCGCUCCGUUUUGGCUAAUAUUUUAAGCAAAAAAAUGAAUCAUUCGGAUUCUAAAAAAUUGUCAGAUUUUCUCAUCAGUAGGAACAACGAUUUAAAGUUUACUUUUCUCGAGAAGGUAGAGAUUCUGGACUCCGCUAUUCCUAAUGAAGACGGUUCAUCCAUGGUGUUGAGGAAUUCAGGGGAUCAAGCGAGUGGCCCCGUCCAGGUGGACGAUGACACUUUGUGUAAAUUUAUUCCCAUUAGGAAGAAACUACUGUACGAAAAACUGAACGUCACGAGGAAAGUCGCCGAAGAAGUAAUCCUGGAUUACCUCUUCCGAUUACUCGUGAGGAAGGUGCAUGAUUAUGUGAUGGAGUGA